UAGAAUAUGCCGCGCGACGCUUGCAUCGACAGCGGCGGCGCCCUUCCGAGCCCGCCGCACGUGUUCUCGCCGCCGCACGCAGUCGACGCGCACCUGAGACGCCUCGGAUCCAGCCCCAACCUCCUCGAGCUCGAGUAUGAGGAGUGGAUUCGCCGUGCACACAGCCUCAUCGUGCCGCCGACGCUGCACCAGUCGUGGCAGGCGUGUGGUCCACUGCUGCCAGAUCACGCGCGUUGGCGCGCACGGUGUGCUCGCGUGCUUCCCGCAAAUUGGACCCUCUUCCUCUGGUCCGACGACGCUAAUCGGCGCCUCGUUCAAACAUUCUUUCCCUCCUUCCUCUCCACUUACGACGGGUACGACUCUCAUAUCAAGCGCGUUGAUGCCGCCCGCUACUUUUACCUCUACCUCUUCGGCGGCGUGUACAUUGACCUGGACGUGCAUUGCCUCCGCCCGUUCGAGGCGCUGCCGCUCACCAACGGCGUGGCCGCCUUUGGCCACCUCGAGAAGAAGGACCUUCUGUUCGACCGCUGCUGCAGGCGUGACAUUGGCUCCUGCGCCAAUGCGACAUGUGUGCGACGCCGGUCGGAGGCCGUCCCCAACGCGUUUAUGGCGGCUCCUCCGCGCCAUCCCCUGUUUGCGGCCCUCAUACUGGACCUGAGCUCGGCCAAGGACGUGACAUACAAGAACAGGUCGUCUCCGCUCGCCGCCACCGGCCCCAUCUACCUCGCCAAUCGGCUCUACGAGUGGGCGAGGAGGAGCAGAAAGCGCCACGUGCAUAUCCACGAGGCCGGCCGCAUCUAUGGCAGUCCAUGGCUUGAGACCGGCACCCAUCGCUUUCCGCGCGCGCACCCGUGCUCCUUCGACGCCCCGCGCGCCCGGAUUGCGCGGCUGGAGGCUCUCAAGUGCAAUGCGAGCCAACGGUUCUACUCAGCGGCGCGGUGCGCCGAGGUGCGCUCGUGGCCACAGGUUGUCGAGAACGACGAGCGGCUGAUUGACGCGCGACCUGACCUGCCCGAGAGACUGGCGUGCGCGCGGAAGCUCAAUGGCUCGAUCACCUCCUCCUUCUGGACGGCGAGCUGGAUUCAGAACCAAAAGUAAAAGACUAGUAUGGUGUUGGUGUUCCAUGCGUUCUGUCUUCUUUCGCUUCAUCUGUUGUGAGAGCGAGAGAGUGUGGAGUUCGUCCAUUUCGCGUUUGGUUCGGUGAGCUUUCAAGCAGCUUUGCGAUUGCGUAUGAUCCGUAUGUAUUGUC